UGGAGCUCGCGGGAAACUCGUCUAGCUGGCUGGCGCACCGGUGGGACUCCAGCAGCCUUGAGCCUCUGGGUGGACAAAUAGCGGCCACGCUCCCUCGCCCGGCUGGACUAUCACAAGGAACAGGCGGUGCAGCUGAGCAACCUGGUUCAGUUUGGUGACUUUCCUCACCUCCUAGUAUAUGGGCCAUCAGGUGCUGGAAAAAAUACAAGAAUUAUGUGUAUCCUACAAGAACUUUAUGGUGUCGUGGUGAAAAAAAUUGAGAUUUGAGCUCAACCUAUCACAGGAAUCUUGACAUUCCGGGAUGUGGCAAUUGAUUUCUCUCCAGAUGAGUGGGACUGCCUCGACUUUGCACAGAGGGCUUUGUACAGGGAAAUCAUGUUGGGGAACUACAGUAACAUGGUCUCUGUGGGUAUUUCAGUGUCAAAACCAGACCUGAUCAGCUCCCUUGAACAAAGCAAAGAGCCCUGGAAUGUGAACACAGGAAAGAAAGAAGGCAAUGAAAAAGCAUGAACAGAAACAAGAGAAGCAUUAUAUAAACAAUCAAAAUGAAGAAAGUCAAAACAACUAUAUGGAAUGUGGAAGGUGCUUAUACAGAUGUGUAUGCCUCACUAUGCAUAAGAGAAUUAAUCCCAAAGAGAAGGAAUACAAGUGUAAAGAUUAUAGCAAAUCAUUUACCCAUCAUGCAAAUCUCCAAGCUCACCAGAGAAUCCAUACUGGUGAGAAACCUUCCAUAUGUCAAGCAUGUCUCAAGUCCUUUACCCAGGUGUCAGUUCUUCACAGACAUCACAGAGUCCAUACUGGUGAGAAACCUUACACCUGUCAAGAAUGUGGCAAGUCUUUUGCCCAUGUCUCAACUCUACAUAAUCAUCACAGAAUCCAUACUGGAGAGAAACCUUACAGAUGUCAAGAAUGUGGCAAGUCAUUAACCAGGGCCUCAACUCUUCACAGUCAUCACAGAAUCCAUACUGGUGAGAAAACUUACAGAUGUCAAGCAUGUGGCAAGUCCAUUACCAGGGUCUCAAAUCUUCACAGUCAUCACAGAAUUCAUACUGGUGAGAAACCGUACAGAUGUCAAAAAUGUGGCAAGUCUUUUGGCCAUGUCUCAACACUUCAUAAUCAUCAGAGAAUUCAUACUGGUGAGUAACCUUACAGAUGUCAAGCAUGUGGCAAGUCCUUUACCGAGAUCUUAGCUCUUCAUGCUCACGGUAGACUUCAUAAUGGUGACAAAUCUUACAAAUGUAAAAAAUGUGGCAAGUCCUUUAACACAAAAUCAAGUCUUAGAAAGCAUCACAAAAUUCAUAUAUGAUGUACAUUUCAUAAAAUUUCUUAGUAUACCUCACAAUAAUUCAUUGUACAGUUCUUCAUACAUUAACCAAGAUAUUACAGAGACUCACAUCCUUCAAUUAAUUUUUAAAGCUUAGUGAAUACUUAGACAGCUUUAAGUUCUUAUAAAUUUAGAAACAUUGUAUCCAAAUUUGAACUUUAUUGUCAUUAAACAUUUGUUGUAAACUGAAUUUAUACAUCAUUGUUGUAAACAUACCAUUCAUGCAUUAACUAUUAUAAAUAAGUAAAUAUUUCUAGUAGGAGUAAAUUAAGCAAUAACAUUUCUUGACUGUAUGUUUAGAAAUGUGUUAAAAAACAUCCAGUUGGGGGCUGGAGAGAUGGCUCAGCAGUUAAGAGCAAUGACUGCUCUUCCAGAAGUCCUGAGUUCAAUUCCCAGCAACUACAUGGUGGCUCAUAAUCAUCUAUAAUGAGAUGUGGUGCCCUCUUCUGGCCUAUAGUCAGGAUACUGUAUAAAUAAAUAAAUAAAUAAAUAAGUCUUUAAAAUAAUCCAGUGUCAUACUAUUUCAGAUUUUGAUGCAUAUUUACUUUCUUGGUAUAUGGUUGCCUAUGUAAUGAGAUUAUGCUCUGUGUAAAGAUUAUUUUCCUGUGAUUUUUGUGAUAUUAAAUAAAUAUCAGCUUGUAUUAUAUUCUGUGCCUUUGCAAUAAAACUGUUAAGCAUUUUGACCAA